AUGGCGCUAGCCCGAGUGACGACUGCCCUUUUAGCACUGCCUGCUGUUUCAGCCGUGGCAGUACCAGAUGUUGAGAUCAGCCCUGGAGUCAAGAUGCCCAUGAUCGCCUUUGGCACCUACAGGGGCUCCUUGACCACUUGCUCAGUGGUUGAAGGAGUGCACCAAUGGUUGGAGAUCGGCGGCCGGCACAUCGACACAGCACACAACUAUGGUACUGAAGCCGAUGUUGGCAAAGCUCUCCGGGAAUCCGACGUGAAGCGUGAGGAUAUCUUCAUCACGACCAAGAUCCCUGGACCAAUUGGUAGCGAUGCUGUGCAGAAGAUGGUGCUCAAUGAGACACUUCCAAAGCUCGGAGUUGAGUACGUUGACCUCCUGCUGAUUCACACACCAUGCCUGGAUUUUAAAGACUUUCCGAACAAGUGCGGGUCGAAGCUGCAGAAGGAACGUUUGGACACAUGGCACGGCAUCACGGAGCUUCGAAAGCAGGGAAAGGUUCGGGCAAUCGGAGUUAGCAAUUACCUCGCGGAGCAAGUGAAGGAAGUGAUUGAUGAGUUUAAAGAAGCUCCAGCUGUGAAUCAGGUGCAGUGGCACUUGGCCCACCACGACGAGACCUUGAGAAGUGCCAUGCAUUCGUAUGGCGUUACUUUGGAAGCUUGGGCUUCAUUGGGAGGUCCAACAGCUCAAGGCGGCACAAGCAUAUCUUUGGGAGAUGAGAGGCUCAAGAAGUUGGCAGGACGCUAUGGCAUGAGCACUGCUCAAUUAGAGCUUCGCUGGGAGACGCAGCGCGGAGUGGUGCCAGUGACGGCCACCUGUACCAAGGACCAUGCUGUUGGCGACCUGAAUGCUUUUAACUUUACUCUCUCUGAGGAGGAUCUGGAGUAUUUGGAUGGUCUCAAGGCGGACUACGUCCCGAAGAUGUUCCUUCUGGUAGGUCCCAUGCCCCCAGGGACAGCGAGGAAAGUUGCUCACUGGAAGGCCAGGGCACUGCGAGUGAAGCAGACCGAGACCACUGCAGUGUGGGAAGAAAAAGAUGAGUUCAAAGUUUCUCCUGCUGCCCAGGUUUCUCCAGAGCUGACGCCAGAACGAACACGCUUUGGACAGGAGAAUUCGCCGGAUUUCCCAGCUGAAAAAGAGAACAACGCUGACCCUGAAGUGUCGCCAGAAAGAAAGACCAAACUGCAGAACUUGCAGAAGCUUACAGCCAAGUGGAACUCGCCUAAGGACGAUCUGACUGAAAAGAUGGAGAAACCUGACAAGAUGCAGGCUUGCCAGAGGGGGCUGCUAGAGACAGCCUGCAAUUCAUGGUUAUCAUUGAGUUAUCGUUCUCAUCCAAAGGAUUUGCAGGACAUAAUCGAUGAUAUCGAUGCACAAUUUUGGAACCAAGGAGCGUUGCUUCAAGUGUCUUUGAAACGCAUCAAUUGCAACUAA